GAAAUCCCAGGAAGUUUAUUGAAAACGUGGCAAGCAAUGAUGGCUGACGAAGAUGGUGCCGUGUCAAAUAUUAAUUACCUCGGAAAUCUUCUAGACCACGACGCGGCAUACUAUCUGGAUACUGUAGCAGUUACCGUCAAAGGUGGAGAAAGAGAAUUGGUAAAGAUCUUAACAGGCUUCACCUCAAUUGACAUCUCCUGCAACAAUUUUAAUGGAUCAAUACCUGAGGAAGUGGGGAAGCUGGUAUCACUCUAUGCCCUGAACUUGUCCAGUAAUGCUCUCACAUGCGCAAUCCCAUCAUCAUUAGGUAAUCUACGACAACUUGAGUCCUUAGACCUUUCGGACAACAAAUUGAGAGGAACAAUUCCAUCACAACUUUCCAAACUUAAUUUCCUCUCAUUCCUAAAUCUGUCGAGCAAUCAACUUGUCGGGAAGAUUCCAACCGGCACUCAAAUUCAGUCUUUUUCAGCAGAUUCUUUCGCAGGCAAUAAGGGAUUAUAUGGGCCACCGUUAGAUGACGGAUCAGCAAGGUUGCCACCAACAUUCGAAGGCAAACAUUCUACUUCUGCGCACGGAAUUGAUUGGGAUCUGAUUGGUGCUGAAGUUGGAUUUAUUGUUGGCUUUGGAGUUGCGGUCGGGUCACUUGUGCUGUGCAAGAGAUGGAGUAAAUGGUAUUACAAAACAAUGUAUAAAAAUCCUUGUUAAGAUAUUCCCUCA